AUGGAAUCCGGGCGGUUUUUCUUCGACCCGUCUUACCAAAAAAACAUGUUGUUCAUGGGGAAUGGCGACUCACGUUUUCGAGGAGCAAGAUCGGUGAUGGACAUGGAGGAAAAGAAGCGGCCUUUCUUCAGCAUGGCUGAGGAGCUUUACGACGAAGAAUACUUCGACGAGAAGUUGCCGGAAAAGAAACGCCGUCUCACGUCUGAGCAGGUGCACUUGCUGGAGAAGAGCUUUGAGGCCGAGAACAAGCUGGAGCCCGAGCGCAAGAUCCAGCUGGCUAAGAAUCUGGGCUUGCAGCCGAGACAGGUAGCGGUUUGGUUCCAAAACCGUCGUGCCAGGUGGAAAACCAAGCAGCUCGAGAGAGACUAUGAUGAGCUUAAGGCCUCCUUUGAUUCUCUCCGUUCCAAUUACGAAUCCAUUGUAAAGGAAAACGACAAGCUCAAAGCUGAGGUAGAAACUAAACGAACUUUUUGUUAG